AUGGCACAAAUUCUCAACUCUAUGGCCAACUUUAAUGAACGGACGAUUGAAAAGUUGUCUUUCUCAAUAUUCCGUAAAGUAAGUUAACAUUUUUGAUCCAAAUGUACCUUCAAAAUGCUUUCUUUUCAGUUUCAAAUGGGUUUACCUGAAAAUCAAGGCAUCAACUUUGCCGAAUGGAAUACAAACAGCAACUACAUAGCAGUUGGCGGUGCUCAGGGAAUGUUGCGAGUUGUCAGAUUGGGCUUGGACCCAAACCAACUGGAUAACAAACUGAGCAAUGCACUUGUGGUGAAUCAAACGUUGGAAGGACACAAUGGUAGUAGUUGUGAAGAAAAAGGCAAAGAACUGUCUGACCAGUUACAGCGACCGUUUUAAAUGCGACCUGGAACGAAAACAAUCAGAAGUUGACGACCAGCGACACGUCCGGCCUUAUCAUUGUCUGGGGAAUAUUCAAUGAGCAGUGGUAUGAAGAAAUGAUCAAUAAUAGGUGAGUCAAGCGAAUGAACAACAAUAUCGAUUGAAUUCUUCAGAAACAAAAGUGUUGUUGUUGGAAUUGUUUGGAAUAAUGAAGGCACAAAAAUUGCAAUUGCGUAUGCGGACGGAACUGUAAUCGUUGGAACAUUAGAAGGAAACAGGAUUUGGAACAAGGAGUUCGAGAUGCAAUUGGCGUGCUGUGAAGUGAAUGAACUUUCAUUUUUAGUUAAAGAUGAGUAUUUUCAGUGGGCGCCCGAGGGAGACAUGAUUAUCUUUGGUACUGCCGAAGGAAAAGUAAUUGUUUAUGAUGAAAUGGGCAAUCAUCACGUGAGUCUGGACAAACUUCUCAUUCAAAGUUUAAAUAUAAAUAUUACAGCUCGACAUUCCAAUGGUAUGCCUGGAUUCUGUAGAACUGGAGGUUGCUUUAAUUGGAAGUAAGUGAUGAAUUCAACUUUUUGUAUUUUUCGAUUGAUUACAUCAGAAGAGAAAAUCCAAAAGGAGGAGAUUAUAUGCAUGAGAUAUUGGAGUCCGACGUUGAAAUCGAAGGCAAUAAUGGACGACAUUGGGAAAGAAAGGAAGGAAGAGGAAGAGAAAACGGUGAGGGGAACGGAAGUAUUCACAAACCAGCCUGUGAAAGCGCCAAUUCUGAAAGAUUACACCGAGUCCGAUCACAUUCCGGAUCCGGUUCAGCCGAUACCACCGGACCGGCCACGUUUUCUGGUUGCCUACGCGAGAGGGCUCAUCCAACUGAUGCGUACAGUAAAUGAUAACGGCGAGUCCAAAAUACCCCAAUAAACCUGACUCAAAAUCUGUGAUUUCAGACCCGAUAGUAGUCCGGAUUCCAAAUUUCAACAUAACUGGAGUCAAAUGGUCCCCAAAUGGUGCGUUCAUUGCUGUUUGCGGUGAGGAUUUGGACAAAGAAGUGAACAAUCGAGCGACGAUUCACUUUUUAUCAGCAUAUGGCCAGGUAGGUGUAUCGAUUCGUGUGUCUAAUCCUUUCCUCUCGACAUUUAGUUUCUCGGCUACUUCCGGACAUUAGAAUAUGCUAACAUCACUUCGAUAUGUUGGGAAGCAACUGGCCUGAUAAUGAUAGUAGUGGCUGACGGCAACCUUCUAGUUGGAACCAUUCGACCGGAGUUCAAAGUAAGUCCACUUUUUCAUUUUCUCAUUAAUUCUCGCUCGUUUCAGUGGGGAAUAAUGGAAGACGCGGUUGUUUACGUCUAUCAGAAAGAAGACCUCUACAAUUAUGCAGUUAUGUUCUAUGAUUACAAAGUAACUUGGCCUAGAAAAAAACGGCUUCUGAAAAAGUAAAGUAUUGCAGACUGAUGAGAAAACCUCCAAGAUAUUGGUUAACUUUGAACAACUCGCGUGCCACCGUGAACAUUGCAUUCUGAUCAAUCGACAAGACGAUGGAAAGCAAACCCAGGUCUGAUUUUGGAAAACUAAAAGCAAAACGAGAUAAAUUUUUUAGUAUUUCUGUCAACUUUGCAACAACUCUGGAACAGCUCUCGACUAUAACAUCACGACGAUCCGUCCAAAGAUUGCAUGCGUGAACAGUAUGGCAGCAGUUAUUACAGACGGUUUCCGUUACUUUAUUUGGCAUUUUGUGAUGCCGAAAGCCAAUUCGAUGCAGGCUGGAGUUGUUCUGACUGGAAAAUCAGGUAGACACACAUGCUCAAUGUGUCAAAAAUUGGUUCUUGUUACAGGUGAGUUCGAAUUGGAAGAGCAACAAAGGAAAAUUGAGUAUGGAACGAAAAGAUUGGUAAGCUAGGCUAACAAGAAAUUAUUGUUCAUAAAUGUGUUUCAGAUUGGUCAUAAGGAUGAGAUUUGUGCAAUUUGUAUCGGUGACUCUUUCUUCCUGAUGGUCAGUUUUCACAAUUUGGGAUUCUCGUUCUCAUAACUCACUUUUCAAGGCAUUACAAAGCGGUGGAAUCUACCGGGUAUCCCUUCUUGAUGGCGUUAUAACGACCAGCUAUCCGAGUGCUCCCAACAUUGAAUUGUUGAAGUUGAACUGCAAAUUCAAUCGUGUCGCAAUAGUAACUCCUGUGGACAGUAAGGGUAGCCUGGGAUCAAUCGCCGAAAGUACUAUUCUUCAGGAGUUCCAUUUGCUAUAUCCUUCUAUGAGUUUGUCGAAAAUGAAAUGAAGAAAACGUACUCGGUAGAAAGGAAGGAGAUCUGGGGAUUCGAAUGGGAUGCUGUAAGUUUCAGUUGAAGAUCUUCAAGAACUUAAAUUAUUUUCUGAUUUCAGGAUGAUGAGAACAUGUUAGCGUUCCGAGACAGGACCAGACUCUUUGUUUAUGACGGAACUUCAAUACAAGAGCAAUCUCAAUGCACUGGAAUCAUCACGUAUUUCCAGAACUUGAUUGUUACUGCCGUCCAGUUCGACAAACUGUUGUUAACACCUGAAAACCCACCAAAAUCUGCUGUUCAAGAAAUUUCGGUGAAAGCGAGAGUUGACGUGAACUCUUUGCUCAGUUCAAUGAAAGUAGACGAGGCAAUCGAUUACGCAGAACGGAAUUCGCAUACAGAAUUGUGGAAGUUGAUUGCCACCUACGCAAUGUUCAAUCAUAAAUGGGAGAGUGCGGAGCAUUGCUUCGUGAAACUGGGAGACUAUUACGGAGUGGAAUUGAUCAAGAAAUUGAGGCCAAUGGCCACAAAUGAACAAAGAAAUGCGGAACUUUACUUCUAUAAAGAAGAUUUUGAAACUGCGGAAAAUUUGUUCAUGCAACUGGACAGAAGGUGCAUAAAUUCGGAUUCUUAACUAUUAUUUGAUUCAUUUCAGAGAUUUGGCAGUUGAGAUGUAUUCUAAAGUUGGCGAGGUUCAAACGGCUUAUGAUAUGGCCAAACACUUGGACAACAACAAUCGUCUCAAGACGGAAGCCCAGAAGGAACUGGCCGAGUUCCACUUCGAUAAUCUGGAUUUCGAAGAAGCUGCGAAAGAGUACACGGAAUGUGGGGAAACUGGAAUGCGAAUCGAGAGUUUGAUCAACGCGAAUUUGUUUGGUGAGCUGGAAGUGCUCUCGCGGACUCUUCCAGACGACAGUCCACACUUGGAGGUUUCAAUCCAACUUUGUAUCUGUUCAGUUUGAUUUUUUCAGAGACUCGGCGAUGCUUUUCAAUCUAGAGGAAUGGGCGACCAGGCGGUUGAGUGUUUCCUGCGUAAGGAGCUCCUAACCAAGGCUCUCAAUUGUUGUAUGGAACUCAACCAGUGGCAAAAAGCGCAUUUUAUUGCCGAAUCGAACCACAUGGAUAACGUCGAGGGUCUGCUCGGAAAGUUUGUUGUCGACUUGAAAGGAGGUCCCAUAAAAGCUCAUUCGGAGGUCCCUUCUCAAACCAAUUACUUUGCAGAGAACGACGAAAAAUCACUAUCUGCCCUCUCACUAUACAUGCGUGCGGGCCGACAUCUUGAUGCAGCGACAAUUGCGUUCGAUGCAAGUUCUUUUCGCUCAUUCAUUUUUUUUGUCAAACGCACAAUUUCCGUUCAGAUUGCAAAGGAUAGACAAAGCAAGUUCUACCCUUAUGAGGAACUGAAGGAGUGCUAUGUGCUCGGCGCUAUUUUGGUCGAGCAGCACAGAGUUGGCCUAAAAGAACUGAAAAAGAUUGAUGUGAGCGUUGGGAGCAAAGAAAAGAAAAAGCUUGUGGGAAAGUGGGAGUAAUUGGAAAUGUACUUCAGAAAAACAACAUUCUGGACGAGAAUAUGGACGAGGAAUCCGGACUUUCGGCAGAGCAGUCCAGAAUUCUGGAGAACACGUGGCGAGGAGCGGAAGCAUUUCAUUUCAUGAUCCUGGCUCAGCAACACUUUUUCGAUGGUUACACCACUCUUAUACUGAUAUAUAUUAUUCAUUUUUCAACUUCAGAGCGUGUGGAAGAUGCGCUUCAAACUUCAGUAGUUCUUUCCGAUUAUGAAGAGUAUUUGGAUCCGGCGGAGGUUCAUUCAAUGAUUGGUCAGAAAAUCUUAUUUAGCAUAAAAACUGAAAACAUUUCAGCUCUGGCAGCUGCAAACGUCCGUCAAUUCGGAAUUUGCUCAAAAGCCAUGAUGCGUUUGGAGACGAUGGAAGAUCUUGGAGAAGUUGAAAAGGAUGAGAUGAGAUCGCUCUCGUUCCAGUUGUUUUCAGAGUAGGUUUUAGUUCUCCCAACCCUUUGUUUUCAACUUUUUCGCUUCUCAGCAACCCACCAGUCAAUCCAAACUCUGCAAAAGUGAAUUGUCCGAGCUGUGAAACCAAAAUUGAUCCAUUCGAUUUGCAGUGUUAUGAAUGCCACACAAAGGUUUCUAAUUUAUUCAUUUUUCAUUUGCUGUUUAAUUAACUGUUUUGCAGUUUCCUGUGUGCAUCGCAUCUGGCAGGCUGAUAAUCGACAAUGUGUUCUGGCUGUGCCCUCGCUGCAAACAUCGUGCUCACCAACACGAAAUCUCGAAAUGGAGCUACUGUCCACUUUGUCAUGACGUGGAGUCUUUUAAAAGAUGA